GACGAGACAAAUCUAGCCUGGAAAGUUGUUGCAUUGGAUAAGAAAGAGGGAGACAGUGCUUCUGCUGAUAUGUCAAUUGAAUGGAUAUUUUCUUAUUUCAGAAUUGACAAGUCACAUCUAUUGUUCGAAUUCAAAGAAGCAUUGGAGUGGGGUCCUAAUGUUACCCAGAAAUGGACAGUGGUCAGCCAGACUUGUAUUCUUGAUAAUUAG